UGAGCAAACAAGGUUAAACAUGUUUUGCCCUGAUUGUGGUGAACAGGUGCAAAAGUCAUACAGAUUCUGUCCUAAAUGUGGCUUCAAGUUAUAUACCUUGACUCAAAACAAGACCAAAGAUGUGGCCACAUCAGCACACCAACCCUCAGCCACUGCGGGGGAGAAGAACCAAAAGGAGGAUAAAGACCAGGGUCCAAAAGGUGUAAAAGAAGAAAAAGUAAACCCUGCCCAGAUAAAGGGGCAGCCAGAAAGUGAUGAUGUUGACGCUGCCAGAUGUGGUGCUACAUCACAGGACUCAUCAGAUAACACUGCCAGCACAGCCACAUCGGAAAAAGAAGCCACACACUCACCCCCAAACAAGACACUUUCAGAUGGUGAAUCAGUCUCUACAAAGAAGACACAAGAGACUUCAGAGGAAGAAGGUUCUUCUGCUUCAGCCCAUGAAAGUGAAUGUCAACCAUACAGUGAGAGGGCACCUGGACCCAAUGUGUCUGUCUCCACAAAUAAACUGACAGAGCAACAAACAGAGGCCUCAUCAGAUAUUAAUACAGAGGACAGCCCUGGCGCAGUUCAAAUUCCUGCUGACAAGCUGUGUGACAUUAAUCCUGGGCCAUUGUCAAACUCUGUGUCAUCCCUAACAUCAACUAAAGAAAUCGGCUCCACUGCACCUGAAACGGCUGAGAAAAUUCCUCAAGAAUGCAAUUCUGUGGCAAAUCAGUGUGCUUCUGUUAAAGAUAAAGAUGAGACAAUCUCUCAUACGACACAAGAUCUCUCUAAUAAAAUUGACGCCAGCAAUGGACAGUGUGCAUUCGCUAAAAAAACUGACAGGAAAGACCAAGCAGCCAGAGAUAAGAGACUUAACUCAGAUGACCUAAAUACCAACAAAUCUGAGUAUCCUGCAGAUCCAUGUCAGGUUGUUUACACCAAAUCAAAUGAGAAAACAAACACAUGCCUGACAGAGAGACAGGAACAGCAGCCAGGCAACAGAGAUGUAGAUGUCAGCAGGUCACCAACACCCGCCAGCCCUCCCAGUCAGAGUGAUGAGAAGGCCAUGCCUCUAGUGGGAGAAAAUAUCUCCAAAACAUUCACUGAACUUCAGGCACUACAAACUGUACCAAGCAGUGAGUGUGUGCCUGUGUACUUCCAUGCUGUCACUUCCAAAGAUUGUCAUUUAGAUCCAGAAAAGGAUUUGAUUUUCUUGAUGUCUGCAAAGUUGUUCGGAGAUUGGAAUAACUGUGGCAAGCAAAUGUCCUUCACUUGGUCUUUAGGGGAACAGAAAUAUCUUGUUGAACAACAAGUAAUGAUUCCAAAAUAUAUGAUUCAUGAGACCAUUCCCUACAAAUACUUAAUUUACAAGCACAGUGAAAACUGCUUCAUUUAUGAGACAAUCUACGACAAAAAUGCAAAUCAACUCAUCAACAGGUGCCUGGAUAUCAACCACGAGUUUUUAACACAUGAAGGGGAGUGGCACCAGUAUGAUGAUGUGAUCUAUCGUAAAUUGAAGAAGAGUACCUGGCUUUUGAGUUCGACCGAAGACAUUGUAGUGAAAGGCAGAGACGAAGCUGGCAGGGUGAUGCUAAAUAUCAUCUUUGACCUUCUUACGUCUUGGAAUGAACCAAACGUGGAAAACUUCUUCUUGUUGCUACAACAGUUCUUUUAUACAUACAGCUAUCCUGUACUUCAUGAUGGUAUGAAAAGACCAUGGGGAUUGCCAUAUGGUGAAGAACAGGUGAAAAAGCUUCUCAAAUGUGUUCUGGAAGAGAGGGUCAAUCCUAAACCCAGAAAGCAAAAAGAACCAACAAAAUUCCUCAUACCUCUGUAUGCAGGAGUUGUCAGUUUGCUGAUCCACAACAAAUAUCUGGAAAAUGACAUGGCAGAUCAACUAUCCAACCUAUGUGAUCUUCUUUGCCUGCAAAAGCAGCCACAACAACCAUUCCUAUCUUUCUGGAAAGGCUUUGCAAGCUCUUUGCCAGAUAAAAAGAGUGUUGCAGAUGUUGUUGAGAUACUAUGCAACAAAGCCAGACAAUGCCACAAUGAGAAGUGGGUUUUGGUCAUCCCUCUGAUUCACCUUCUGAGAGAAGAAAGCAAGCCUUUUGAGCCAGUUCCAGCUGAGAUAAAUCCACAGUUUGAAUCCUGGUCUGGCUUGAGAUACUGCAGAAGCAGCAAGGAUGGUUAUGUUAGGUAUGUAAGUGUUUUUCUCCUGCAAAGAUUUGAGCACCUGUGA